AACCACCUUCAAAUCGACUUAUGCAGACAAAAUUCCUUCGUUUAGUCUGCUUCACAUUUUUAGCAAAACUAUAAAUCCAAACGCAUUUAUCAACCCUUCUCAGUCAUGCACAAGCUCUUGACGAAUUUCAUUUACAUGUAUUGACGAAUUUCACGUUUUUUAAAAUAUUGAUCCAGUUCUUUCAAAAAAAAAUAAAAAUUGAUCCAGUUGAAUUAUUGACUUUUUCGCAGUAGGACCCUGGUGGAGGACCUUAGUGGAGCACCCUCGUGAAUGCAUGCAUGUUAAAUAUUAACUCUAAGGUAUUGACUUCAAACAACACUUUCUCUUUCAUUUGUAAGUAUGAACUUCAAAGACAGCCUCCAUGCUGCAACUUUUCUUGCACUCUUCUCUUGCAUCUUUGCACUCUUUUCAUCGGUUCCUAUUUCUGGAUCAAAGGACGGUCUCCAGGCUGAUCGGUUACUCCAUGUCACCGGAGCCGUUGGGCCGGAGAGUCUUGUUUUUGAUAGUCACGACGAAGGACCAUACACCGGCGUGGCGGAUGGUCGGAUUUUGAAGUAUGAAGGGGAGGAACGAGGUUGGACUGAAUUUGCUGUCACGAGUUCCAAUAGGUCGGACUGCGUGGUUCCAUUUGCACCAGAGUUAGAGCAUAUUUGUGGGAGGCCACUAGGACUAAGGUUUGAUAAGAAAAAUGGAGAUUUGUACAUUGUUGAUGCCUACCUUGGCCUUAACGUAGUAGGACCUGCAGGGGGUUUGGCCACACAGUUAGCAACAGAAGCUGAAGGCCAACCUUUUCGUUUCAACAAUGACAUGGACAUUAGUGAAGAUGAAGAUGUGAUUUACUUCACUGAUUCAAGCACAGUCUAUCAGAGAAGGCAAAUUCCGCUUUUACUUCUAAGUGGAGACAAAACUGGAAGGUUAAUGAAAUAUGUGAAGUCAACAAAAGAAGUGAAGGUCUUAUUAAGUGGCCUUAAUUAUCCUAAUGGUGUUUGUUUAAGCAAAGACGGUUUAUUCCUUCUAGUAGGUGAAACCUCGACUUUCCGGAUUCUUCGACUUUGGCUUCAUGGCCCUAAUGCUGGUCAAGUCAAUACUUUUGCCGUUCUUCCAGGUUAUCCGGACAAUAUAAGGAGAAAUUCAGAUGGGCAGUUUUGGGUUGCUUUGCAUAAUGCAGCUAUAAAGUUGAGUGAUGAAGGGGAAAUAUUAGAAAUUGUGGAAGGGAAGACCAUGAGAUAUGUUAGUGAAGCGGAUGAGAAAGAUGGUAAACUUUUGAUUGGAUCAGUGUUAAUGCCUUAUAUUGGUAUUUAUAGUUUAUGAAAAUGCAAGUCAUUCCUUUUACACUUA